AUGGGCAAGGUGCACGGUAGUCUGGCACGUGCCGGCAAGGUCAAGUCGCAGACCCCCAAGGUCGAGCCGCAGGAGUCCAAGAAGACGCCCAAGGGCCGCGCCCACAAGCGCGAGCAGUACACGCGCCGCUUCGUCAACGUGACGACGACGCCGGGUGGCAAGCGCAAGAUGAACGCCAACCCCGCCGCCGCGUAA